UCAAGAUGGCGGAAGACAAGUUUUGACGUUUCAGUUUCUUGUUCUACAAUAAUCAUGGAUUUAAAUUCAACUUGGGGAAUUCAGUCUAAAAACUUAUCGAAAAACAGAAAAUGCUCAGCUGACGUAACCUCAUUAGACUCAUGGAGUGAAGCAAUUGACGACGAAGAAGUUAAUUUAAAAGCGAAAUCCGAACGCGAAACCGGUACAGGACAAUAUCUGAAAAAACAAGCUAAAUCGAAAACUGAGUCACAAAAACAUCUAAACGAUUUAAAAAAUCGGAAAAGUUUAAGUAAAACAUCUGUCGUUUUGAAUCCAAAAGCAUUGCAUAGCAUCAAUAAUGAAGAACAUGUAAGGUGGAGCUUAGAUUCGAGUCCAGAUAAUUAUUCCAAUGAAACUGUACAAAAUUCAACUCUACAGACAUUAGACCAAAUUCCAUCCACCUCAUCAAAUAGAGUUAGUGGUUGGUCAACUUUCUCAUGUGAAUCUGAUCAGUUCAAUUCAUUAGACUAUUCGUCUCUUCCAUUACCCCUGAACUUGUCUCUUCCGUUACCCCUGAACAGGGAAUCUUCAAGUUUCCAAAGUGACAUUAUGAAGACACAAGGACAAUCUUCAAAACUCAAAAGUAAAUCUUAUCAAGGGUUAAGCAAGAACUUAUCUGCUGAAGUUAGUUCUUUUUUUGCUGGAGAUGAAGAUGAAUCUGAUCAACCUCGAUCUCUACCUCCAGAUCUGAAUAGAAGUUACUUGUGGACAGAUGAUGUGGAUCAGAAAGAAAAAGUUAAAAAUAAGCUAAUGUCAGUUUGGAACAACAUGAAAUAUGGUUGGACUUUAAAGACAAAAACAGCAUUUAAAUGUGACAGUCCAAUUUUCUUAUUGGGGACCUGUUACCAUAUAAGACCAUCUGACGAAGAAGUGAGGCCAGGUGAAAGAAAGAAAAGACCACCAAAUGUUGAGAUGUUUAAACAAGAUUUUGCUAGUCAGAUCUGGUUUACGUACCGCCAAGAUUUUCCACAGAUACCAGGAACAAAGAUGACAUCAGACUGUGGCUGGGGAUGUAUGUUACGAAGUGGACAGAUGAUGUUAGCUAGAGCUUUCCUUACUCAUUUCUUAGGAAGAGAUUGGAGUGUAUUUCGGCAGCAAUCAAGAGAGCAUGAUACAUACAGAAGACAAAUCAUUCGUUGGUUUGGUGAUUUUCCCAGUGAAAACUCACCAUUUUCAAUUCAUCGGCUAGUAGAAGCUGGGAAGUCACAUGGUAAACAGCCAGGUGAUUGGUAUGGUCCUUCUUCUGUGGCUUUUAUACUCAGAGAAUCUAUGCAGAAAGCAAUAGAGACUCAGCCUCUUCUUGAAAACGUUGUAGUCUAUGUGGCACAGGAUUGUACAGUAUACAAAAAUGACAUCCAUGAGAUGUGUUGUGCUAGAGGAAGAUCUACAACCAAAUUUGGCAGUUCUGAUGACUCGGCAGAUACAGUUGUGGACACACAGACAGAGGAGUGGAAGAGAGCAGCAAUUAUUCUAGUCCCAGUCCGACUUGGAGGAGAGGAAUUAAACCCUGUUUACAUACCUUGCAUUAAGAGUCUGCUAGCACAGGAUGGUUGUAUUGGUAUCAUAGGAGGAAAGCCUAAAACGUCCCUAUAUUUUGUAGGAUGGCAAGAUGACAAAGUUAUAUAUUUAGAUCCUCACUACUGUCAAGAUGCAAUAGACACUAGAGAAAGAAAUUUUCCAAUUCAGACUUUUCACUGUUUAUCACCUAGGAAAAUCUCUUUAACAAAAAUGGAUCCUAGCUGUACCAUUGGGUUUUACUGUAAGACAAGAGCUGAAUUUAACAGUUUUGUAAAGCAAACAGAAGAGAUGAUUUCACCACCUAAACAAAAACUUUCCUAUCCAAUGUUCGUAUUCAAUGAAGGAAACGCAACAGAUGCUAAUAUAGAGAGUGAUAGCUUUGAGAAAGAAGACCGUCUGCUUAGAGUGAAACAUUAUAAAAUGGAUCAGUAUGGACGUAUUAGAUCUGGAACAGAAGAAACAGAAGAAUUUGUUGUAUUAUAACAAAGAUUUUAAUAGGGUUGACAUUUGUUUUUUAACAGCUAUGUUAUUGAAAUGCUAAAUAUUAGGAAACUUAUUUUGAAUUUGUUUUAAGCUUUAUUGUUUAUAAAUAAAACACAUUAUUAGUCAAGUAGAUAUAAUUAAUAUCUAAUUUUUAAAAAAGUUGAAAAGAAAUUGAAAGUUAUUUAAAAAAAUUAUUAUGGAAGUUUCAGCUGAAAAACUUGUUAUUUACAUUCAGAUUUGGGACUAAAAAAUUUUCAAAUUAUGAAUAUGAUUCUGCAUUUGCAUAAUAUUAUUUUGAAUAUGGCUGGGAAGUACUUGAAUGUUUGAACACUCUUAUCUAAGUUCUAAAUUAUAAUAAAUGAAAACCAGUUAUCAAUCUUGAUAAAAUAUUGAUUAAUAAGCAAUAUAAAAUAAAUUAACCUUUAUAAUCUGGACUGUUGAGAAAAGGCAGAUUUAAAAAAAAAUUGUUGCAUUGAAAUGUCACGGGUCAGCGCUAGUGUUUAAAUCCCUCCAAUCUGUUUUCAGAUUAUGUUCAGUUGGUCAGUAACAAAUAAAUAUGUUUUAAAUAGAUUAUUUUAUUUGCAUUUCAUGAUUUUAAAAUUAUUUAUAUACAAAAGAUGACAUAUAUUCUAUUAAAACAAUUUUAAGCUGUUUUAAAAAAACACUUUCAUGGAUUUUUAAAUUUGUUUCCUUAACUCUGAAUGAAAAAUUAAAAAUGCAUAAGAAAUUAAUUUAUAUAUUAAGAGUAAAAAAUUGGCUUGUUACUUUUAUAUUAGCAGUUCCACCAUCCACAAAAAAAUCAGAAGCAAAAAUUUUAUGUUUUGGAUUGGAAAGCUAUAUGGAUAUUGUUCUCCUGUGUUUAUAGUUUGAACCCUGGUGAAUGUGUGAUGAAAUAGACUUAUUAAUAAUGUUGUUAGCAUUUUAGCUACAUAUUAGUAUCUGUCCUAAUUCAUGUACAGAUUUUAGAUAAAAUAUAAAUUUGGAAAACAAUGCUACAUUUAUUAUUGUAAAUCUUUGACAGUUAAAAAAAAAUAUAUUACAUUGUGAUUUACAUUAAACCAUUGUAAGAAAUGGAAAUGAAAAAACAUUCUAAAAAUUUUACUUUUUAUACUUAUCAUUUCCCAUUUACUAGUAGGAUUGUCAGUGGUCAAAUGUUUUCAUUAUUUUUGUUUCUUUUUCUUAGAAAUGUCUGCAGAUUCUAUGGAUUUAGGUUAAUUUUUAAUCAUAAUUGUUUUUAAUGGUAAUUUAAAUACAAAUUUACCCUAUUUUUACAAUUUUAAUUCAAUUGAUUUGUACAGAAAUUUUCCAGGUGAAAUUUUAUACAUUUAGUAGUUUAAAUCAAAAAGAAAAAAUAAUGAUUUUUUCAUUAAAAACAAAUGCACUAUGAUCAAUUUUGAAACUUUUAUCUCUUAUUUGAAGAAAAAUAGACCAGACAAGAUUAUUUCCCUUUUAUAUUUCAUGAGAUUACAAAGGGAAGAUAUAUAAAUCAUGAUGAAUACUGAUGAAAAGUAUAAUGUAGCAUAAACCUGUAAAUUUACAAUAUUAGUCAUGAGGUGCAAUAUUGCCAUAAUAUAUUUAUAUAUAUAUAAUCUGUUAAGAAUUUUGUUAUGUACAUAAUGUUUGAGAUUUGUAGAUAUGUUAUUUAUUUUUUUCUAAUUUUUUUCAGUGUUGACUGUAUGUUUUGUUUUUCCUCUACUUGAAAACAUAUAGUAUCUGUCAUUAUUAAUUGUUAAAUUGGUGAUAAUUCCAAGUAAAAAAAAAUCUUUUAGAUAUUAACAAGAAAAUCUUUUAACAUUAAAUCAUUGCUCUUAACUUGAAGAAUUAAAUUCUUCCCUUUGAUAUUUUUUCCCAGUAAAUCAAUUUUUUUUAUCAGCUUUGUGUAUGCAUUGAACAGACUUUGGGGACUCUGGUGGAUAGUUGUCUAAUUGGCAAUCAUACCACUUCUCAUUAAUUCAUCAGCUUUGUGUAUGCACUGAACAUACUUGUUGCAUUUUAUAAGGAAUGAAGUUAAUAUUGCACCUUUCACAAUCUAA